AUGGGUCGGAAAGCGCCACUUCUACCCGCGGCGAGCGCGGUCGCUUAUCGGUCCGCGAAACGCAGCAUUUCAUGGCAGAUCAAGUUGACCCUCGCCCUGGUAGCAUUUCUGACGCUGUACCACCUGGACGACAUUGUCUCGCCGCAUCGCAUCCGUCAACACCCUGCGCAUCCAGAUUCAGGACGCAGAGGAUGGGGGCAUUUCCCCAAGGUAGACGAUGCGUUUCGUUUCCUGCCGUGCACCAACGCGACAGUGCCUCCUGCGCUGGACGACCCACGCCCCGUCGAAGCGUGGGCGAGACUGUAUGACGCGGACCCGUCGCACUGGUCGUGGGCCAACAGCAGCAGCAGUCGCAAUGCCUCCAGCUCCGGCGGGCUGUAUCUGUGUGGAUGGCUCGAUGUGCCACUCGAUUACACCAACACCUCCGACCCCCGCAUUGCGCGUUUGGCAGUGACCAAGUUGCAGCACUCGCCGCGUGGACCGUCGAAGCGUAUCCUCGUCGUCGAACCAGGCGGACCGGGCGGAUCGGGCUCCUCCCUCGUCUGGCGCAAAGCGGAGAAGUUCUCUGCCAUGUACACGGACUCGACGUUCGAUGUGUUCGGCUGGGAUCCGCGUGGGGUGAAUGCCUCGCAGCCGUCGAUCAGCUGUUUCCCCUACGACGCAGACCGCGAUCGAUAUGCGCUCUACUCGCAGCGAUCCUUGCGCGAGGCGGCGGAUGCGAGGCAGAGGCCAUGCUCGUGA